AUGUUCUUCGACUUCUUGUUUUUCUUUUACGACCAUCUUUGUUUGUAUCAGCAAAUUUGCUGUACAUACGACAGUAAAAGCAAUCCCAUCCCUUUCAUUUCUUUGUACUCUCAAUGUCCAUAUUUUUCUCUCCUUCUUUUAAACGUAUUAUUUCUUUUCUUGUACAUCUAUCUUUCUUUAUUUCACUUGUCACUUUCUUUCUUUUUUUCAUUCAUUAAUUCCUUCUUUCAUUCUUUCUUUCUUUCUCUCUCAAAUUUCCAAAUAUAUAUUCUGUGUCAGAUUAUUAUUUCUUCUUCUUCUUCUUCUUCUUCUUCUUCUUCUUCUUCUUCUUCUUCUUCUUCUACUACUACUACUACUACUAUUUCUUCUUCUACUACUACUGCUACUACUACUACUAUUUCUUUUUCUUCUUCGUUUCGUUCUUUUUUUUAUCUUUCUUCUUCUCUUCUUUCUUCUUCAUUUUUCUACUUUUCCUUCUUUUCUUUGUUAUUACUUUCUUCUUCUCCUUCCUGA